GAAUAUCCAUUGUCUUUAGAAACAUUUAACGAAGAUCUAGGCUAGGCAUCAGUCGUCGUCUGCCGUCGUUUCCAGAUGGAGCGGAAGAGAGCUGCUAGUCCUGUCUACGCCCGUCAAUGGAGCAGCGAAGCGGGGAUCACUGCCGGCGGAUCAUCUUCUCCCGCUAUGUCUCCCGUCAAUCGCCACCAUCAUGUUCGCGCCUCAUCAGUUACUGGUAUUUCUAACAUUAAGCGAACUCAGAAUGUAGCCGCUAGAGCCGCUUCUCAGCGUCUAGCUAAGGUCAUGGCUUCUCAAGCCGCCAACCAUGGAGACGACGAUGAUGAUCUAGGCUUCAGAUUUGGACCUCCUCCUCCAUCUUCUUUCACUCGUCCGGUUAAUUCCUUCAACGAUUCCAACAAUAACAUCAAAUCUUCCAUUCCAACCGUUCCAUCUCAUAAUAACUCCAGAUCUGCUUCUCCUGCGUUAGCCCGGAAUCAUGUAGAAGAUACAACAUCGGUUCGCUCGCCAUCAGCUGGAAGGACUGGGGCGAAUCCUACAGUUCCCUCACUGACACACGUGAGAAGUUCACUGAGGACAGCAAUUUCUCUACCUCCUCUCGAUCCUCCUGGGCUGCGGGAGAAAAGAUUCUCGUCAGAUAUUGAUAUGACAAUAUUGAAGGACUCAAAAGAUCAAAUGGAGGCUUCUGCACUUCGUGAUGAACUUGACAUGCUACAAGAGGAAAAUGAAAAUCUCAUUGACAAGCUCAGAAUUGCAGAAGAGGGCUGUGAGGAAGCAGAGGCCAGAGUUAGGGAGCUUGAGAAACAGGUGGCUUCUCUGGGAGAAGGUGUGUCCCUGGAAGCCAAAUUAAUAAACAGAAAGGAAGCUUCAAUACGUCAGAGAGAGGCUGCACUUAGAGAUGCAAAACAGACAAAGGAUGUAGUUGAUGAGGAAAUUAAUUCUCUUAAAUCAGAAGUAAAGAAAACAAAAGCCGGGGCUUUGACUGCUGCUGACCAGCUUCAUGAAGUUGAAUCAGAAGUUAGAUCACUUCGUAUGAUGACACAAAGGAUGGUCUUAACGCAGAGUGAGAUGGAGGAAGUAGUUCUAAAACGUUGUUGGCUUGCACGAUACUGGGGUUUGGCUGCUCAAUAUGGUAUCUGUUCAGAUGUUUCUGUGACAAAGCAUGAGUACUGGUCAUCUUUAGCACCUCUUCCUUUUGAAGUAGUAACCUCUGCAGGACAAAGGGCAAAAGAGGAAAGCUGGGAUAAAGGGGGCGAGAAUUCUGAAAGGAGGAACAUACUCGUCCAAGAUUUAAUUGAUCCAAAUGGAGAAGGGAACAUUGAGAGCACACUUUCAGUUGAAAUGGGCCUGAAGGAGCUUACUUCCUUGAAGGUUGAGGAUGCGGUCUUGCUCGCAUUGUCCCAUCGAAGGCGUCCAAAUGCAAUCCGAUUAUCUAUCACAGAUCUGAAGUCUCCUGGCCACACAAAGUACACUGAUGCUACUGAACUCAGUCCUGAAGAGUCCGAAGAUGUUCUUUUUAAAGAGGCAUGGCUUACCUAUUUCUGGAAAAGAGCUAAACUCCAUGGUAUAGAAGAAGAGACGGCUGAUAAGCGACUUAAGUUCUGGAUUAGCCGAAGUGCACAUUCACCGUCCUCACAUGAUGCUGUUGAUGUGGAGCAAGGAUUGACGGAAUUGAGAAAGUUGGGUAUCGAGCGUCGACUUUGGGAAGCUUCUCGCAAAGAAAUGGAGCAGGAGUGUAACAAUAUUUCUACUACUGCUCAAUAAUAAUGACGAAUUUUUUCCCUUAAAAAACAAACAGCAUGGGUAUGUAUUUUUUUACAUAUAUAUAUUAUAUAUAUGAUACUGAGAAAGAAAGAGAUAAUAGCAUUAUUAUAUACUUGUUUAAUUAAUUAAUGAAACUUAUUAAUUGGAUAUUUCUUAAUAUACUAAAGUGCAAAUGACAAAUUGCUAGGUAAGUAAGUCAGAAGACCCUGUC